AUGAAAUUCGAAAACAAUGGAAUAAGAAAAAAUAGCAGUGGAGUAUGCUGCUUACUUGGCUGAAACCUUUUCGGUUACUUCACGUAACACGGCUAGUGGCAGUUACCUACUUAUUGAUAUCGUGUUUUCAGGUAAUCGUACUUAAAAUCGACAACAGGCACUUUUUGGCUGAAGAACACAAUAAAUGGAAAUCUGUGAAUAGAAAUGAUCUCACGACACCAGUGGCUGCUGUGGAAAAGUUUCCAUCUCCAGCGAGCCAAGUGAAGCCAGUUAUUGUACUUCAGACUUACUGGAGAAGUGGUUCUACCUUCUCUGGAGAAAUGCUCAGCAACUAUCCAGGAGUCUUCUAUCGGUACGAACCAUUCAUGUACCUAGAUGUGUUCAGAGAAUUGGAUUCCGAACAAACAAAGAAUGCAAUAGAAACGUUACGCCACCUGUCUCGCUGUGAAUACCACAAUGUUGACGAUUUCUUUCAACAGGUAGGCAGGGAUUAG